CGAUUGGUAUUUUUUUUUGGAUAAACACUCAGCUAGUAAUUGAUGUUUUCAUUUUUAUAUCACUGUAUUAUAAAUCCCCUAUUAUGCAUCUUUUGUUGUCUUUCUUAUUUAUUGGGUGUGGAUGACUCAAUUAGACCACUUAAACCAGUUCAAUUUUUAAUGUUGUUUGAACUUGCUGAGUUAGUUUAGUUCAAGGUUUUUAAAAUCGGACCGGAUCGAUCGGUUGAAUCAAUCAGACCAGUAUCGGUAAUGAAAACGGUUUGGUUUACACAAAAAACUGUUUGAGGUCAAAAUCGAUCAAAAUCGUUCAAAAUCGAUCAAACCAAUGGAACCGGUAGAACCGAAAAAACCACCGGUUCAAUUCCUCAUACAAUUUUCUUUUUAUUUUUUUCAAUUUCACCCUCACCAUUCCUUUCUUAUAACGAUUUUAACCCUUAAUUUUAAUAAAAUUACAAAAUUACCUGUCUUUCUCAUCAGAUUUCCCUUGUUAUUUGAACCGAUCGGUUCAUCGGUUCAAUCGAUUGAACUGGUCAAAUCAAAAACUGGACCUGAAAACGAUUCAAUGAUCGGUUCGGUUUUAAAAACCUUGGUUUAGCUAAUGAUAUUUUCUCUUUACUUGUCUUCCUGUUUUCUUAUUCCUAGUUUUGAUGAUCUUUCAUAUUCGUUGCAGCUUUCCGUGAGGAAUUGUUUCAUUAGAGGAUCAGUUGCGAGAUAUGUUCAACUACCACCCGAAGGAGUGGAUGUCGAAUUACUUCAUGACGCCACAAGAAGAGAAGCUCAAGCGGUUGAAAUUGUGAGGUCGACCUCUUCACUUUCAGCGCAUUAUAAUGAACAUCAAAACAUCUACAUUAAAUGCCUUUGUUUGUUGCAGUUUUUUCUUCAAACCAAACCCUAUCUUGACAUUGCUGAUUACUGUUUGCCCUAUGACAAUUUAAUGAAAAAAAUGUUCAUCCAGACAGUGCCAAUUAAUCAGUAUUUAUCAUAUCUUGGCUGCAUGAUUAACUCCUUUAAUCUAGGAAACUCCUAAUUUGCACUUUGAUAUGACCAUGAUUAUUAAUGGAAACUCAAGAUGCAAAAUUCUUAACCCUAAAUUUUUAAUCCAUGGGGAUGUCACAUGGGUUGUUUUAAACACAUUAAAAAUGACAAGUUAGC